CGCGCGCGCGAUCGCGCCAUGACGACGGCGAACGAGCUCAAGGAUGUCGGCAACGGGCAUUUCAAAAACGGCGCGUACGACGACGCCGUCGCGGCGUUCACGCGCGCGAUCGAGCUCGACGCGACGAAUCACGUGCUGCACAGCAAUCGAAGCGCGGCGCACGCGGGCGCGGAGCGAUGGAGCGACGCGCUGCGAGACGCGGAGCGCACGAUCGAGCUGAAAUCUGAUUGGGGGAAGGGAUACGGACGAAAGGGCGCGGCGCUGUUCGGCGCGGGCGAUCUGGAGGGGGCGCGAGAGGCGUACGCGGCGGGGCUGGCGCUGGAGCCGGAAAACGCGAUGCUGCGGAGCGGAUUGGAGGACGUGGAGUUCGCGAUGAAGCGAAAGGGAGAGAGCGACGCGGGGAUGAAUCAAAUCGGAGACAUGUUCCGCGCGCCGGAUCUCAUGGCGAAGUUGGCGAUGAAUCCGGCGACGCGGGAAUACGUGAGUCAACCGGAUUUCUUGGCGAUGAUGGAGGAGGUGAAAAGAAACCCGUCGGCGCUUAAUAAUCACCUGAGAGAUCCGAGAAUGAUGAACGUGUUGAGCGUGGCGAUGGGCGUGAAGGUGAUGAGCGGCGACGACGCGGCGAAGGAGUUCGGGGAGCACGAGGCAGAUUCGAAAAAGACGGAACCCGCGCCGAAGGCGCCGGUCGAGGAACCGGCGAAAGCGCCCGAACCCGAGGUCUCCGAGACUCGUAAGCAAGCGUUGGAGGCCAAGGAGGCGGGCAACGCUGCGUAUAAGAAGCGUGAUUUUGACACCGCUAUCGCGAAUUACGACAAGGCGAUAGAGUUAGAUCCCGAGGACGUAUCGUUUCUGAACAAUCGCGCGGCGGCCAACUUGGAGAAGGGCGAUUUGGACGCGUGCAUCGCCGAUUGCGAAUCCGCCAUCGAGAAAGGACGAUCGAUUCGUGCCGACUACACCAUCAUCGCCAAGGCGAUGACUCGCAAGGGGAACGCGCUCGUGAAGCAGGGCAAGCUUGAGGCGGCGAUUGACACGUACCAGCGCUCGCUCACCGAGCACCGCACCGCGGAUACUCUCAAGCGAUUGAAUGACACGGAAAAGGCGCUCAAAGACGCCGCGACCGCGGCGUAUUUGGAUCCAGUGAAGGGAGAGGAAGCGCGCGAGCGUGGUAACGCCUUUUUCAAGGAUCAAAAGUUCCCCGAGGCGGUGAAGGAGUACAGCGAAGCCAUCGCUCGGAACCCGAACGAUCACAAGGCGUACUCCAAUCGCUCCGCCUCGUACACCAAGCUCGCCGCGUUCAACGAAGCGUUGAAAGAUGCGGAGAAGUGCAUCGAACUCGAGCCCACCUUCGCGAAGGGUUACACGCGCAAAGGGCACGUGCAGUUUUUCACCAAGAGCUACGACGACGCCGUGGAGACGUACACCGAAGGCUUGAAGCACGACCCGAACAACGAAGAACUCAAGGAUGGUUUGCGACGGUGCCACGAGCAAAUCAACCGCGGCGCGAUGGGACAGCUCAGCGAAGAAGAGAUGAAGGCUCGUCAAGAACGCGCGAUGGCGAACCCGGAGAUUCAAGGCAUCCUGAGCGACCCCGUGAUGCGCCAAGUCUUACAAGACAUGUCCACCGAUCCCAAGGCGGCGGCCGAGCACCAGAAAAACCCCAUAAUCAUGGCCAAGGUGCAAAAGCUCAUCAACGCCGGCAUCGUGCAGGUUCGAUAGCGCGCUAAAUUGAAUACAUCAUCAUCACAAACAUUUUU